AUGCAUGCAUCCCCUACUGUGAAGGGGAAAGGAAAAAAACAAAACGCUUUGCAAAAAAUUUUAUUGAUUGGAGUUGGUAUGCCCGAAGCUCCAACCACCUUGCUGUCCUUGCCGCAACUCGACCUUAUUGCAGAUCCACAUGCGCGUUCCCUCUUAGAAGAAGAGCGAGGGCUGCGAGAGCGGUGCGACAAAAACCGUGAGGCGCUGCGUAAAAUUCUCCGAGAGAAGAGUAGUUGUAUCUCCGAGCAUGCCCCAAAGGUCAAUAGUUUUGUAGCGGAAAUUACAUCCACGAUUGAUGCCCUCGUUCUGAAGAAGGAUAAUUUGAUUGCGGAGCUUGACAAGCUUAAGUCGCUGCAGUUUGAGUUGUCAAACUUACGGCGGGAUCUUCGGGUGCUGGAGCACGACAUCAGCACACUUGCGCAGGCUGCACGAGAUGCGGAAGUCCUGCUGGAGAGCGAAAUGUGUGAACUCAAACGCGUGCGUGAGGAGCGCGAGGCGCGCGUGGGUCGCAUGCGCUUUGCGACGGUGGAGCAGGCGGAGAAGGAGCUGCACCGCCUCGAGCGGGAGCUGGCGAAGGCAGGUGAUGAAAAUUGUAACACUGCCGUGAAUUUAAGCAGACGAACACAAGCAGCGCGAGCGAGGCAGGAGCGGCAGGAAAUCGCUGCCUUGGAUGCUCGUGUCUUGGCGCAGGAUCUCCGUGUGGAGAAGUGCCGCGCAGAAAUUGAGGCGAGGACGGCGGAGCGACAAGAAAAGGAGGAGGCGAAAAAGACACUGAAGGAACACCUACAAGCACUCAAUGAGGACCCCGCCAAACGCGAGGUGCAGUUUGGUGCAGUACGCAGCGAGCUGGCGAAGGUUCAGCAGGAGCUUGCGGAGGCACUUCGAAGGCGAAAGGAGAAGCGCCCGGCUAGUAACGAAAUGGACUCACUACAAAAGGAACAUGAUGCGCUGGUUGCGGAAAUGCAAGCGGACGACAAAUGCCUUGCCGAUUUACGGAAGCAGCUGCCGUUUCGCACAUUUGCAUAUCCCCCGGAACUGAAAAUGGCGCUCGUGGGGAAAGGUGGGGCGACGCUGGCGCAGCUGCAGGUAGACUUUGGGGUUGCCGUCUGCAUUGACGGGGUAGAGAAUGGCUGUGGCUUUGUUUUUGGUGGCGAGGCGGAUGUAAAUGCGGCUAUCGUAGCCAUUGGGGAGAUUAUUGCCGCGGAAGAGGCGUGCAGCCACAAGGUGGUUUUGCGGUACGAUGCCGCACUGCGGACAAAUCUUAUUGGCAAACGUGGGACGAAUGUGCGUCGCAUUGAACUGGAGAGCGGCGCCAAAUUGGAUGUUGAGCGGGACGCAGUGACGUUGCGGGGAACGCAGAAAGCCGUUGAGGCGGCGCGGGAAUUAGUAGAAACUUUUCUCAGAGGCCAGCACCGCGCGGAGAUGCCGCUUCUCGCUGAUGAGAUUCCCCAUGUAAUCGGGAAGAACGGUACUGUUAUUAAUCAGAUGGAAAAGGAGACCGGCGUUCGCAGCCUUCGUGUGGAUCGUGAAGCACAAAAGAUAAUUGCCAUCGGCGAGCAGACACGCGUUGAGGAGGCGAUGCGCCGCUACAAGGAGCUACUUGCAGAUGUUCGCCAGUCACAGCCUGUAGCAGAAUGCGACAAGACCACACAGGGCGAUGUCGCGGGGUCUGAGAGCCGCACCGUGCAGGAUGUAGAGGCCGCCACAGGGGUGUUUGGACACGUAAAGGACAGCAUGAUCUCUCCCAGCGGAACAUCACAGUCAGCGGGGGCGGCGCGUGUGUUGCCGCACAAGGCGCAAUGCACUGAGGCACGUGUGCCGAUGGAGCGAUCACUGAUGCAACUACUGACAACCGCUCUAGUGGAGGUCAAUCGUGGUCCUGGUGGUGAUAACGAGGAAAAGAGGGAAUUGGAGGCUGUGGCGAAUGAGGAGAACCGCGAAGAAGAGCCCGUGGGAGUGAAAGGGGCGGGAGAGGCGGUGGAGAAGAAAGAAAGGCGACACGAUAAAGGGACUGGGAGUAGAGCCUUGACACCACUGCAGGUGAUCCAGCAGAGAUCGCAGUGUAAACAUGUGAAGCCGGUUCAUUCGGAAGGGAUCAUUUGUCUUUGCGGAGAGCCGAAGCAUAUCCAACACGCUCGCAUGAUGCUGGAGGAAUUUGCGCUGCAAUAUCGUCCCCGCGCAAUUCACGUUUAUGUCCCGGAGAUUUUGUUUACUUGUAUCACACAACCGAGCGGCAAGAAGCCGUCACUGGUGAGCGAAUGGUCGAAGGGUUACUCCCCACUGCUGAGCAUAGAGCUGAAACCCAAGGAGGAGGAGGUGAUUGUCGGAUCUUUCAUUGCUGAGGAAGCGAGGGCGGUUGCCGAAACGGUACGGGAGUUCACAAAGGCGAAGGAAGAAUCAUUGGUGCGUCGUGUGCGCCCGUUCCCACAGAACCGCAUUGGAACGCUUUUGGGGAAAGGCGGCAAGAAGCUGAGGGAGCUUGAGAAAAAAACGGGGACGCAUAUCGUUUUGCGGCGGGACGCUGGCGAGGUGCAGGUGUUUCACGCCGAUGGCGAUGAAGCUGCACUGGCGGAAGCGGUGGAUCUAAUUAUGACGGUGGCGAAGUUAUGA